ACCGUACUGGCACGUCGCUGCUCUUAGGAUCAAAUAUAUUUCUACUAUAGCCUUAGCAGUGAACAAUACACAGCUCGAAAAUUGUGAGAAAAUAAUGAAGGAUUCACCUUCAGAAAAACGAAAGGCCAUGUAUUCAAAUGGGAACUGGAAAAAGACCAUUGUGAGAUUGCACGCGGAGAGUAAAGUAGAGAGGUUGGAUCCUCCUUCUCCUCCUCCCAGAGCAACAGGAGGACUAGAUCAACUCAACUCCGUUCUCUCCAGGUCGAUGCUGCACCAGGAGCAGAACAGAUCUAAUGCUCUGGAUGAAUCCUGGUCUGGAACGAUCUCCCCCAGCUCUAGGGAUAGUAUGGAUAUAGACUACAAACCUCAUCCUGAUGAUAUCCUCUGCCCAAUACAGAAGGGUGAGGAGGAUAUUCUCCUUGAUUUAAGGAUUGAUAGAGCCCGGAGAAGAAGCAACCCUGAGCCCGAAACAAUGGACUGGAAACCUUCAAUUCUAAAACAAGAAGAUCAGUCUCACAGACAAGAAAUAUUUACCUCCCAAACUAAUACACAAGCACAGUUAACAAAUAAAUUUCUGAAUGAAAGAAGUUUUAAUCGUUCAACACAAAUUUUCAAAAAAGAUGAAGAAUUCCCCCAUAUUAGCUCACUUCAAUAUAUAAAUAAUUACUUGCCAAUGAGAAAUGUGAACGUGAGCCUUGUCCCUGCUUCUCAACUCAGAUCAAUCUCGUCAAAUGAUCCGUUCUCUAGCAGUUUACAAUCAAAAGAGAGAAACCUAUGCAUAACCCUCCCUGAAAGGCGACUCCUCUGUGAAAGUUCUCCGGUAGAAGACUCAACCAUUAUGAGGUAUAGUCAACUAGUGGAUACUAGUACUAGGUAUUCUGAAACUAGAAAUCAAGGACUAGCAUCACAUAAUCUAGAACCAAUGGACGAAUUAUCCCGACCAUCCCUCCAAGAUUGCGAUGAAUCUAAUGAUACUUCUCACCAUAGUUCUAGUGUCGCCUCCCAGUCCAAUGAGUACCCGGAGAAUGCAGAUGAUCCUCAGUGUUCUGGUGAUACGGAGACCGUGAGUUCAAUUGGGUCUGAACCAACGAAAAGGAUUAAGAAGAAAGAAAACAAGGAUCUGAAAUGUAUCAGAGAAGCAGGUAUUGACGAAUUCUUGACGUUAGAGGAAAUAAUAAACUUGCCAAUGGACGAAUUUAAUCAAAAGCUUGAAAACGAGAAGAUGACGGAUUUGCAGCGAACUACUGCCCGGGAUGUGAGAAGACGAGGGAAAAAUAAGUCGGCUGCACAGAGUUGUAGAAAGAAGAAAGCAGACCAGAUGAACAAGAACGAAAAAAAGCUCCAGAUAAUUCAAGAGAAACGUCGGAAGGAAGAUGAGAAGGAUCAAAAGCUCCAACUUCUCCUGGAUUUUGUGAGUGCAUAUUCGAAUAAGUUGACUAUUUUGCACAAACAGAAAUUUGGGCUUAAGGAAGAACCAAGUUCAGUACCCUGUUCAGUACCUAGUUCGUCACCAGUUAAAAGUACAUUUCCAGUUAAUCGUACACUUCAGAAUACAUCAACAGUGAUCAGUACAAACCUUAGUACAUCACCAAUUAAACGUAAUUCACCUCCAACGAGUUCAUUUUCACAUUUGACUUCUUCAAAAGCUCAACUUCCUUCUCAUUUAGAGGAAAAUUCGACUUUUCUAGAAAAUGACAGGAUUUCAUUCAUACCUCCAUCCUCCAAGCGAGCUAAAGAGACUGCAUCUCCCCCUGUAGACAUGUAUACGGACAGAUUACAACCGUAUCAAACCUCUAGACCUGGAGCAAGCUUUUCCCUGCUUGGACCUCGUGAACAGCCGCGGCAAACUUCCGGUCCACGUGGUAGAGAGCAAAACUCGCAAAUCCGCCAUUUUCUUUCUUAUCCCGGUCUUACAGUUAACAAGAAUGAGAUUUCUUUGUUUAAAGUUUACGACUAAAACUAUCUCAGUGCCACACUUGUGAAUGUGAUAAUUGUAAAGGAACAUUCAAGGAAUCUAAAACGAUGCAGAAAAAAGAUGGAGAAUUUAUUCAGAAAAAAUUAAAAAGUACUAAAUAUCAUUAAACAUAAUUUUUUAUAUUCAAUGUUAAAAAUCAAUAUUAAAGGUUUACCAAUGACUAGAUUUGUGUUUUGGUUUUUGGAAAACCAGUUUAGAUCCUGAGUACGAUUUUCCUCAUCUCUAGAUUUCUUAAGUCAAAACAAAUGUAUCAUGUCUUUCUUUUAUCCAGUGAUGAUUGUUGAUCAAUGAAAUUUGAAUGGAAACUUGUGCAAACAUAAAAAUUACAAUUACGGAAAUUUUACACAAUUGGGUCAGAUUUUGCGCGAAGCGCACAUUAAAUUUAGCUUCUUAUAACUUUAAAACUACGCUCUCAAAAAUUGUUAAACAAAUUGAUAGUAAAGCACAAAAUUUGUUUUAAAUGAGAAAAUACUUGUGCAGUACCCCCCCCCCCAUACGCCCUUAUUUUUAUGAUCUUAUAGAAGUAUUCUGAAUACUAUAAACCAAUCAUGACUCAUGAGGUUUCUAUAGAGCCAUUUUCUUGAAAAAGUAGAACUUCCAUUAAAAAAAACGUUUAAACAAUAUAUUUCAAAAUUUUCCCAAACUGUUUCUAAGUGCCUUGUGCUGAAAAUAAGGCAGUACAAACUUAACUGAAUAUGGUUGCAUUAUAAAUGCCUUAAAAAUGUAUAUAUUAUAUAUUACAUAUAUGUUUAUUUAUUUAAAUCAUCGACUUUAUUAUUCCACGUCAACAAUGCAGAACACGUACACACACAUGCGCUUUCAGUGUUUUAAACACACAAUACAUGUCUCUAGUUUUUGUUUUUUGCUUCUUAUUCGUAUUUAUUAAUUCAGAUACAAUUAUGUUAAAAUGUGCUUAACUAUUGCAUCUAUGAUAAAAUGAUUAUCAUAGAUUUUUCUAGAAGUAUAGUAAAUGCAGAACCUGCAGCUGAAAAUAUUCUUUAACGUUUUUACUAAAAAAGGAGAACAUACUUUUAUCUAAUCUUGUAAAUCACAACACAAAUUGGGUAGUCUUCAUAAUAAUUUGUGUUUAUGUUUUUAAAGGAAACAUUUUAAAUGUAAAAAUAAUUUGAUGCACAAGAAAACUUUGUCUAAAUAAUAUUUACAGCGAUCUUUGAUAUCAAUGACUCACCCAAACUAUAGGUGUUCAGCUGCUUAGAAAAGAUUAGUCACCUUCUUUACUCUUUUCUUAAUUAUCCGAUAUACAUUGUAUCUACACAUUGUACAGUUCAACCGUGAUAAUCAAAUCAAUUAAUAAAUUUUAGAUUUAA